UUUAUUGCAACAUUUUGUCACACUUAGUAUUUCUGACGUUUCACUUUCAACUUAACACUUUUAUCUGACUCUAAAAUAUCAACAAAAAUAUUAACAUUUGUAUUGACCAGGGCUUGUGCGCUUUUACCGACUCGUGUACUCAUUCAAAGGUUAUAGGAACCACUUGUCGAGUUUAAACUGUAUCAAAUGUAAAGCUAUUAAUUAAUUAAAAAUAACUGUAAUUUCUUACCUAAAGACUUUUUUCUACUCUAAUUGUUGAAAAAGUUAUUGCUGACGUCCGUCAAGUUUUAUUUCAGUCGUGUGCAUUCACUUUGGAUAGGCACCCAUUUGACAGUUAACAGGUGUCUUCAAUCGGAAUAUCGGAUUAUAGUGUAUAUCGAAGUUUAUCCCUAUAUCUAUCUGCCUCACAUUUCCUCAUCCGACGAUCAGGUUCAGCACCCUGUAUCGGUGACCCACGAGUAACAUUUUUUCCAGUGUAGACCGAACCAAUCAGGUGUUCAUAUUCUGAAAAUGCCUGCUGGUGCAUUGCAACCUUUCUGGGGGCAGAAGACUUUCUGUGUCCUCACUGGAGCCAGUCAGGGUAUUGGCAGACAGUUCGCCAUCGAGUUCGGCCGCAAAUUUGCCAAGGAAUCGGUAUUGGUUCUCAUUGCCCGCAACAGCCAAGGUUUGCAAGAGACCAAGCGAAGAGUGGGAGAAGCUAAUCCUGAUAUUCAAGUUAUCUGUCACCCAACUGAUUUGGCGAAAGGGAAUGCUGCUCUCUUCAAGGGCAUAAUUGAAGAUUCAUUGAGUAAUGCAAAGGUGUCUCCUGGAGACUUUCAGUUGGCUUUCAUUGUUCAUAAUGCCGGAUCGCUUGGUGAUGUUGGACCAAGUGUUGCUGAAUUGAAUGAUGCAGAGCAAUGGAGUGAAUUCCUAGCUUUGAACAUUACAUCGACAUCUAUCCUCAACUCUGAGUUUCUGAAGGUUUUCCCUAAAGGAUCAGUCCCUUACAGAACUGUGGUCAAUGUCACAUCAUUGUGUGCUGUUCAGCCAUUCUGUUCUAUGGGGCAGUACUGUGUUAGCAAAGCUGCUCGAGAAAUGUUUUUCAAGGUCUUAGCAGAAGAAGACCAAUCUUUGGAUGUCCUGAGCUACUCUCCUGGUCCAGUUGAUACUGAUAUGACUAUUACAAUCAUCAAUAAAACUCGAGAUGCCAAAACUCGUGAUGCCUUUGUCGACAUGAAAGAAAAGAAAACAAUAGUGACUUGUGAGCAAACAACACUCAAAGCUAUUCAGGUUUUGUCCAACAAGCAAUAUAAAUCAGGUCAGCGUGUUGAUUACUUUGAUGAGGGGUACUAAGUUUUGCUAUGUAUUUUUUAUGAAAUGAUGAAAAAAUAUGAGUAUGCUUCUGAACAAAUGAAUUGAUACAAUUUGGUUGAUAAUUUAUUAAUAUCAAUCUUGGCUUAAAUUCAAAUGAAAAUACCACAAUUUUAUGGUUGAUGGAAAAGCUCUCUCUAUAAAUCUUUUAUUCCUUAAAUGUUUUUAAUAAUGUGAAGUGAUAUUUUUGUUUAAACAAAUAAAACAAAUGAGACUAAA